CAAAUCAGUCUGUCAGUCCCAUUCCGUUCCCAUCUCCCUCUUCUAGUCUACUCCCUUCCUAAUCCCAAUUGCACCAACGCCGACGGCCUGCCGCCGCCGGUCCUUCCAAAAAAUCACUUCAGAAGUCGAGAAUCAACAGCCGCCGAAUAACAACAGCAAAAGCCAACGAAGUUGAAGCAAGCUUUGACCACCUGCCUGACACACGCACACCUAUUUCCAGCUCACUCUCCACGUUCUCCCUCCCCUGGAUUAAAAAUCUCCUGAAUUUCCACACGACUACUUCUUGUUGAUCUCUAAAUACUUUUGUCUGUUUUGACCAACGAGCGUCCAGCCUAGCUAGAUGGAACAUGGUGGGUAAAAUCUAGUGAAUUGAAGUGGUUUCCAAGUCUCUCGCAGUUAGUUUUGGAUGUCGAAGGAGGAAGUCGUACCGAAAACUUUCCGCACGCUGGUGGAGGCAGCGGAGCGGAAAUUCUCGCGCGUGCGCGACGCGCCGCUUCAUCCGUACGGUGGGAGCGGGCCGCAGUAUGGGCACUUCUUUCAUAAGGUUUUCAAGGCUUACAUGCGACUAUGGAAAUAUCAGCAGGAGAAUCGAGCUAAACUGGUGGAUUCGGGGCUCCAGCGAUGGGAAAUCGGAGAGAUCGCUUCUAGAAUAGGUCAGCUUUAUUACAACCAGUAUCUGAGGACCAGCGAGGCUAGGUUUCUUCUCGAGGCCUACAUAUUCUACGAGGCGAUUUUCCAUCGGAAGUAUUUCGACGGCUCCGCUAAGGAUCGAGGGAUUAGGUUUAAGGAGCUACGGUUUUACGCCAGGUUUUUGAUGGUUUCGUUGAUUCUGAAUCGCGUAGAAAUGGUGAAAUUGCUCGUCGAAAGGUUUAAAGAGCUAAUCGACGACAGCAAAGACAAUUUUCGGGAUACCAACUUCAAAGAAUGGAAGCUAGUGAUGCAAGAAAUCGUGCGGUUUGCAAAAGCUGAUUCAAUUGUUCUGAAUGCUAGACCGUUGAGAUAUACAACCAUUUUUGAUUCAUAUCCAGCCUCACUCUCAUACGUAGCUCGAUUUCAUGCUAAGAGACUUCUGAAGUUUAGAGAUGCGGUGUUGACUAGCUAUCACAGAAAUGAGGUCAAGUUUGCAGAAAUCACUUUAGAUGCACUCAGAAUGCUGCAAUGUUUGGAAUGGGAACCUAGUGGAGCUUUCUAUCAAACACGUCGUAUUGAAUCAAAGGAGAAUGGUGUAAAUACAACUGCUGAUUAUUCUGUCACUUCAGGAUUAAUAGAUAUGAAUUUGAUGGCAGAUACAGAUCCAAAUUUGCCUCCAAAUCCAAAGAAAGCAAUCUUGUAUCGUCCAUCUGUGACCCAACUGAUAGCUGUGAUUGCAACAGUCUGUGAGGAACUUCCUCCUGAUAGUGUUAUGCUGAUAUACUUGUCCAGCUCAGGGAAUUUGGGUCAUGGUGGUGCUUCACCAAUGGAUGUCUCUGCAACGUCAAGAAAAUACAGUAUGCUCAGUGAACCUGCUAAUAACCAUUAUGUUCAGAGGAAUGGCUUUUGCGAAAAUCAUGUUUCCAAGAGAGAAUCUAGUCAAUAUUUUGAGAAUUAUUUGAUUUUAGGUCCAAGCAGAAGUGGAGGGUCAAACAUCCUCUUUCCCGGUGAUAUAAUUCCUUUCACCAGAAGGCCGCUUUUCCUGAUAAUAGAUAGUGAUAGUAGUCAUACAUUCAAGGUUCUGCAUGGAGCAGAAAGGGGGGAACCAGCGGCUUUAUUUCUUUCUCCUAUGAGUCCAUUGUUCAAGAAUCCAAGUGGUAUUGAUUUGUCGCAAUAUGGAAGUCAGUUCACGUACUUCUUGACGGCUCCCUCGCAUGCUUUCUGCCAAUUGGUUGAUUGUAACAUGAGCAACGUUGACUUGGACAUGUACAAUGAGGUGGAAAGCAUUCUCUCCACUGCCUUCUCGAAAUGGGAAGAAAUCUUAUGUACCUCAACUGAGCUUGAUCUGGUUUGGGCUCAGCUUCUAUGUGAUCCUUUUCUCCGACGGCUUAUUCUCAGAUUUAUUUUCUGCCGUGCUGUUUUCACUCUGUUUGGUUCAAGGGAAAAAGACAACCAAUAUUUGCCAAUUUGCAUACCAGAACUUCCUGACUCAGUAUCUGCCCACUCCAAUGCUGUGCAAGCUACGGUCACCCAACUUGCCCGUCAUCUCAAGGCUACAGAUUGUUUUUACCUAGCAUAACUACCAAAAGAAAGUAACCACAAAGUUGUAUAUCAUGUGAACACCUAUGUACCCACCUACUGAGGUGCGCAACGUAUAGUCGACCUACAGAUUCACUCAUCGAGUGGUAAGUAGGUGAUUGGAAGAUGGCAUAUGGAGGGAGUAAUAGGGUGAUGAACUAUUUGUGAGUUAUUUGGUCUGGGAAUAUUACCCUUCAUUACUUAUUUGGCUGUGUUUUUUCUUAGUUUGUUAAUGGAUGUAUGUAAUAUUAUAAUGUUGCUACAUAAAUUAAUUUAUCUGUAAAAGGAAAUCUCAAGUAGAUGAUGAUGAUGA